AUGGGGCUGGGUGUUUGGCUCACAUGGGGCUGGGUGUUUGGCUCACAUGGGGCUGGGUGUUUGGCUCACAUGGGGCUGGGUGUUUGGCUCACAUGGGGCUGGGUGUUUGGCUCACAUGGGGCUGGGUGUUUGGCUCACAUUGGGCUAGAAAAUGAGUUUGGAGGAAAUGUGGUGAGCCUCUGUUCUGCAGCUGAAGUGUGGGAGCAGAGGUCUGGAGCAGAGAAGAACCGAGCCCCAGAACCGAGCCCCAGGCACAGAUGGAGGUGGAUGCAGACGAUAAGCGCCAUCGCACACGCUCAAAAGUGCCUGUGGAUCCUGCAUUAA